UCGUGGUCAGUUUGAUUGCAACCUUCGUACUGCACCGAUAGGAUUGGAUACUGAUCUCGUCGUGAAUUUGAUUUUAUCCACAAAUUUUGUUUCAUAGUGUGUGACAUUAGAAAAAAAUGUAUUCUUGGAGAAAUAAAAAAGUAUCUAAAGAUUGAUUCUUUCUUACGUUCGACAAAGACAAACUUGUAGAAUAUUUGAUUAAUUAAAUAAUUAUUAAAAAAUUCAAUACCACAAUAAAAUAAAAAUGAACGGAAAUAAUAAUUGUGUGACAAUAAUCGUGGGAUUAAUUUGUGUUCUUAAUAACGCACAAUCGGCACUCAAUUUUAAUAAUGAUCGGGAUAGUAACAAAAGCUUUAAAAGUGUUCCGACAACAGUGAAAACAGCUGAAAAUGAUACCGUUUUACUUCCUUGCCAUCACAAUACUCCCUUUAGAUACGUGCGGUGGCAUAGAGAUGACGUGCCUUUAGUUGACUCUCGUCAUCCAGAAAACCCGACACCGGAACGGAUUCACCUAUGGUUGAACGGAAGCCUGCAAGUUUCCAACGUGCAAGCGACAGACACUGGUGAAUACUAUUGCGAAAUUAUGGCCAACACCGGCCAUGCCGUGCAGAUCCACGCAAUUGAGGUUCAAUACUCCCCCUCGAUUGUAUCCGAACCGAGUGGGUUCCUUGAAUUACCUGUUGGUUCUAUAUUUGAAAUAACGUGCGAGGCAAAAGGUGUCCCACCGCCUGUUAUAACAUGGCGACAUAAUGGUAUCUCAAUCGAAAACUAUAACGUUGGAAAUCGUCAGAAUCACAUCGUCGAAGUGAGGUCUCGUGAAAUGUCCGGUCCCAUUGAUUGUCUGGCCACAAACGGUGUUGGUGAGUCUGCUGUUGCCGGUGUUCACUUAAAUGUUCUCUUUAGCCCAGAAAUUCAAGCCGUUCAUACAGUGGUUCACACGAAAAUCAACAUGCGUGCUCAUCUCGAGUGUCUGGUGGAAGCGGCUCCAUCUGCCACAGUUCAUUGGUUUCAUCAUGGAGUACCAGUUGGAAUAGAUUCAAGAAUCGCCCGUCAUGACAAUGAAUUGGAGUCAAAUCGUUCCCUAUCGCACUACUACACGGUAUCGAAGCACAUCUUAAUCAUAAAAAAGGUCAAAGAUUCUGAUCUGGGUGUUUAUGAAUGCCGGGCAGAGAAUAAGAUUGGUUUCAAAGGGGUGGCGAUAGAUUUGACAGGCCGACCCAUGCCAUGUGUCUUUAAAAUAAAUCCCGCAGUACAGAGCUCAACAUCGCAUAAUAUGAUAUGGCAAACAGAGAGUCAGUCGCCCAUCAAUGAAUUCAAGUUGAAGUUUCGACAAAUUCCAUCGGGAAAUGUGACACCACAAAACAGGGCUUUUGCCAUUGAAUGGACAGAGCUGACUAUUCCUUCAGAGUUUUCAGAAGGUCCAAUCCACACAACCGCUUACAACCUGCGAGGACUACAACCUGCUAGCUUAUAUGAGGUUGCUGUAUUAGCUAGGAACCGAUUCGGAUGGAGCGAUAACAGCAAAAUUGUGAGAUUCGCUACUGGUGGUGAAGUUGAACUUCCGAACUACUCAACUGAAUCCAUGCAAUAUGAACAGGAAAUCGAAGAAGAUUUUUUAAACGAAAUAACACAAAGUUCACAAACAUCAAAUGUCGGUGUCACAAAAAUUCGUCAAGUAGUUACCUACUCUAAUGCGAUUAGAACUUGUACAUUUAAAACUAUUUUAUUGAUACUGGGAAUUAUUUAUAUUUUGUAAAAGUUUAUAGUAAUUUUGGUAGUAAAUAAAGCCGUAAGGUUAAUUUUUGUA